GCUGGUCCUCAAGUUGGCGCUCAAGUUGAAGAUAAAAUUGACGAUAAGGUUGACAAUAAAGUUGACAAUAAAGUUGAAGAUAAAAUUGACGAUAAAGUUGACGAUAAAGUUGACAAUAAGGUUGACGAUAAAAUUAGAGAUUCGGUUACAGUUGAUC